UGUAAAUAUGCUAGCAGUUUGUGAAUAAAAUGCGAAAAAUCGAUUAGUUGCCUCCAGUUCUUUUCUGACAGACACUUCAAGAUGGACGACUGGGCAGUGGCGCUUAUUUUGAUUGGCGUGAGCGUGCUGGUCGCAGCCGGACUGGUGGGGAUGUGCCGGAUGCUGGGCGGUUGGACGUAUCUGUUUGCUUUUGUGACUGGCAAUAAAGAAGAGAGAACGCAGCUGGCUUCGCAUGAGGAACUGGGAUCUAAUGGAUACAUAGCAUAUCCACCCCGAUCGGACCCUAUCCGACCACCUUUCAUUCCCCAGCAAAGCUUCUCAAAUAGUCUGAAAUCAGUGGAAAUACAGGGGGUUCCUUCACACGCCGUACCCGCCAUACCUCCCCCACCUGCUAAUGAGCAUCACUCCCGAAGAUUCUCUCUGGACGUUGCCCGGAGGGCCAGCCUGGACACGGAUCUGCCGGAUAUUUUGUCAGUCGAAGGGGGCUCCAACGCAAAGCUCCAGAGAGCUAUGUCUUGCGACAGCGUCUGCUCCGACACUUCGGUAGUCCUUGACACGUUAGAAUCGCCGCAAAACAAUGGGGAAUUGCAAGUGACUUUAGAAUAUUCCAGCAAAACCGAAGAGCUUAUCGUCAUGAUCGUGAAAGCCCGGAACCUGAUAGCAUUCGAAUCUUCGGCCGCCAAAGUGGACAGCUACAUCCGCGUCAGCUUGAUGCCGGACGAGACCUCCAUCAUGCAGACAGCGCUGCAUCGUGAUAACAGCAGUCCGGUGUAUAAUGAGAGAUUUGUCUUUGCCGCUCCAAAAAAUACACUUCAAGACAGAACUCUGAAAUGCAUCGCUUUCACUUGCGACAAAUCAAGCAACACAAUCCUCGGGCAAGCUGAACUCAAGCUCUCCAGUAUCGAUCUUAAAGACUCAGUUUACAAUGCUUGGCUCCCACUAAUAGACACAAGGAAAAAGCCCAUUGGCUGCGGUGAGCUGUUGUUUUCUUUGAGUUAUCUCCCCACUGCUGAGCGGUUGACAGUUGUCCUGGUGAAGGCUAGGAGCCUUGUGUGGACAGAUGGUAAAGAAACGGCAGAUCCUUUUGUGAAAAUCUACUUGCUGCAAAAGGGAAAGAAAAUCAGCAAGAAAAAGACGUCAGUCAAAAAGGGCGACAGGAAUCCUGUUUUCAACGAGGCGAUGAUUUUCUCAGUCCCAGCUGCGGCUUUGCAGUUUACACUUUUUUUUCAGAAUAUACAAUUGCGCCUCACCCUGGCAGAGUACCAGGCUGAAGGGAAGACUCCCGCAGUGGGCCAUAUCUUUGUAGGGCCCAACUGCUCAGGGAAAAGCCUGUCUCACUGGAACCAGAUGAUAUCGGCCCCAAGAAAGCCCAUCGCCAUGUGGCAUCCCCUGAAGAAAAGAGAUGGGUAACAAACACGUGAUCGUCCUCGAUAUUCAUGU